UUUGUUUGCUGAUGCAGGUCAGCAGCAUGGCUAAGCUCUGCCUGUGUGUGUGUAUUUCAAUGAGUGUAUGGCUCCACGUUUCCCUCGGGUUGCCACCCCAGCACCUUGGAUGGCUGCGGCUGUGGAAGGAGGGUGAAGGUUGCAGGGAGUGCAACCAGCACCUCUGUCCCCCACUCCCCAACAACUGUCCUGCAGGUCAGGUGCAGGACGAAUGUGGAUGCUGUGAACAGUGUGCUAACGUGGAGGGGCAGCAAUGUGACCCGGAUGGGGCUCAGAAGUUCUACGGCCGCUGUGGAGAGGGCCUAAUCUGCCAGAGGAAAAUGCCAAAGAGGGGACACAGGGCUGAGCCAGAGCCUACAUGUGUAUGUCAGGACAAGAACCCUGUGUGUGGCUCAGAUGGGUGGACCUAUCCAAAUGUUUGCCAGAUGAGAGAAGCCGCCAGCCACCAUAAUAUAACCCUCGGGGUCAUUGGAACAGGACCCUGCCACUCUGCUCCCCGUGUCCUUCGAGGCCCCAGAAACCUGUUCAACUACACCGGGAAUGACAUCGUGUUUGGCUGCGAGGUCUCAGCCUACCCUCUUCCAAACCUGGGCUGGAAGAAGACAGGGAUUGAAAACUUCCUGCCGGGAGAUGAUCCUCACAUCUCUGUCCAGGCUCGGGGCGGUCCCCAGCGCUACACUGUGUCUACCUGGCUUCAGAUACAGGGCCUCCACCUUUCUGAUGCAGGAGUCUACUCUUGCAUAUCCCACAAUGCCUUGGGGGAAACGUCUGCAUCGGCACAGCUCACAGUGUUGAGACAGGUGGUAAAGGUGAUGAAAGGCCACGCUGAGGAGGAGCAGGAGCGCUCUGAUCAUCUGGAGGAAGGCAGUGCUGAUGGACAGCUGGCAUCUGGAGAUUACCCGGGAUUCACUUAAAUCAGUCUUAUAUGACCAAACAACAAGGUCUACCUUAAAGGAUCAGCUGACAUACUUUAAAUUAAAGGGCACAAUGUUUGUCAGUCACAGCUCACUGCUCCUCUGUAAGAGCUAUCACGUCAUUAUAAUUAAAUAUCACAUCUG